GCCUUCGCUUUCGCUUUCGCUUCCCAUCGCCGCGCGCGGCCUGCAGGCCGCAGGUGGUCGCCGCCAGCAGCCGGUCCGCGAUGGCAGCGCCGCGCUGGGAGGUGGUGGUGCUGGGGCUGGCGAGCGUGGCGUGGUGCGUCGGCGAUGCCCAGAGCGGUGGAGGCAGCGCGCAGUUUCCCUGGGACAAGGUGAGGCUCCCCAAGCACGUUGUCCCGCUGCACUACCACCUCCUCAUCCAUCCCAACCUCACCACGCUCACCUUCACCGGCACCGUGGCCAUCGACAUCGCGGUCACGCAGCCAACGAACGCGGUCGUCCUACAUAGCAAACGCCUGCGCGUCACCAAGGCUGCCAUCGAGGCGGGGGCCGGGAGCACCUGCGCCGUGCGGGAGGUGAGGGUGCUGCAGCACCCGGCCCACGAGCAGCUGGCACUGCUGGCCGCCGAGCCGCUGUGCACCGGGCACAACUACACCAUCAGCAUCCAGUACGCAGCCAACCUCUCCGAUUCCUUCCACGGCUUCUACAAAAGCACCUACAGAACCCAGGAAGGAGAACUCAGAGUGCUUGCAUCAACUCAUUUUGAGCCAACAUCUGCAAGAAUGGCCUUCCCCUGUUUUGAUGAACCAGCCUUCAAAGCCAUGUUUUCAGUUAAGAUUAGGAGGGAACCAUAUCACCUUGCGUUGUCCAAUAUGCCUCUGGUGAAGUCUGUAAACAUAGCUUCAUGGCUUGUUGAAGACCAUUUUGAUACCACUGUCAAGAUGAGUACUUACCUUGUGGCCUUUAUCGUUUCGGAUUUUAAGUCCAUCAGCAAAGUAACCAGUCAUGGAGUUAAGAUUUCCAUAUACACAGUACCAGAAAAGAUCAACCAGGCUCAUUAUGCACUGGAUGCAGCAGUAAAACUUCUAGACUUUUAUGAGGACUACUUCAGCAUUCCCUACCCCUUACCAAAACAAGAUUUAGCAGCUAUUCCUGAUUUUCAGUCUGGUGCUAUGGAAAACUGGGGGUUGACCACAUAUCGGGAAUCUGCGUUGCUGUACGAUCCUGAGAAGUCCUCAGUUUCCUCUAGGCUUUGGAUUACUAUGGUAAUAGCCCAUGAGCUGGCUCACCAGUGGUUUGGCAACCUCGUUACCAUGGAGUGGUGGAAUGAUCUAUGGUUAAAUGAAGGGUUUGCAAAGUUUAUGGAGCUCCUGUCGGUAAAUGUUACCCAUCCAGAACUGACAGUUGAAGAUUAUUUCUUGAGAAGAUGUUUCGAUGCCAUGGAAGUGGAUGCGUUAAAUUCAUCCCAUCCUGUGUCUACUCCUGUGGAGGAUCCGGCUCAGAUUUUAGAAAUGUUUGACGAAGUUUCAUAUGAGAAGGGAUCAUGUAUAUUAAAUAUGCUGAGGGACUUCCUGACUGCGGAUGUGUUUAAGGCUGGACUUGUGCAGUACCUACAGAAAUACAGCUAUCAGAACACUAAGAAUGAAGAUUUGUGGGAAAGUUUGGCGAAUAUUUGUCCCACAGUAGGUACUGAAAAAAGUGAACUACAGAGUGACGGCUUUUGCAGAAGAAACCAACAGUCAUCUUCAAAUGCACACUGGACCAAAGAGACUCUAGAUGUGAAGGCAAUGAUGGACACUUGGACACUGCAAAAAGGUUUUCCCCUGGUAACUGUCACAGUGAGAGGAAAGAAUGUCCACCUGCAGCAGGAGCACUACAAGAAAGGAGAAGAUUCUCUUUCACCCACAGAAAAUGGGUACUUGUGGCACAUUCCCCUAACCUACAUUACCAGCAAAUCUUACACUGUUGAAAGAUUUUUGAUGAGAACCAAAACAGAUGUCAUUAUCCUUCCAGAAGAAGUUGAAUGGAUUAAAUUCAACGUGGACAUGAAUGGUUAUUACAUUGUGCACUACGAAGAUGACGGAUGGGAUCGUCUGAUCAACCUUUUGAGAGAGAACCAUACAGUGGUUAGCAGCAAUGACAGAGCAAGUCUCAUUAACAAUAUAUUCCAGCUCGUGAGAAUAAAAAAACUGUCGAUUUCUAAAGCUUUUGAUUUAACUUCGUACAUGAAACGGGAAACACAGAUCAUGCCCAUACUCCAAGGUAUGAAUGAGCUGGUUCCUAUAUACAAGCUCAUGGAGCGGAGAGAUAUGGAUGACACAGAAAAACAGUUAAAGGACUAUAUAGUCAGUCUAUUUAAGGACCUAAUUGACAAGCAGCUUUGGAGUGAUGAAGGCUCGGUGUCCGAGAGAAUGCUUCGGCAGUCCCUGCUGAUGUUUGCAUGUGUGCGCAGGUACCAGCCCUGCGUGGACAAAGCAGAAGAGUAUUUUUCAAAAUGGCAGAAAUCCAAUGGAACCUUAAGGCUGCCAGCAGAUGUGAAGACAGCAGUGUAUACCGUUGGAGCACAAACAUCUGAAGGAUGGGAUUUCCUCCUUAGUAAAUACCAGCACCACUCCUUCAGUGUAGACAAAGAUAAAAUUGCAUCAGCUCUCAGCCUCACCAGGAAUAAGGAGAAACUUCAGUGGCUAAUGGAUGAAGGUCUGCGUGGUGACAUCAUAAAAACUCAGGAUUUUCCAUACAUUAUUGUGUCUGUUGCCAGAAAUCCAUCUGGCUAUCAUCUCGCUUGGACCUUCUUAAAGGAGAACUGGGAGAAACUCAUCGAAAAAUUUGAACUCGGUUCAUCAUCCAUAGCAGGCAUUGUCACUGGAGUGACAAAUCAGUACUCAACAAGGCCACAGCUUGCGCAGGUAAAAGAAUUCUUCAGUUCUUUGGAGGAAAAAAGUGCACAGCUUCGUUGCAUCCAGCAAGCCAUUGAAACUAUCGAGGACAACAUACAAUGGAUGGAUAGAUAUUUUGAGGAAAUCAAAACAUGGCUGCAAAAGAACCACUCAUAAAUUAGGAUAGCUUGUUUGUAUUUGUCAGAAAAAAUUGAAAGGCACUGAAAAUUCAGGGCUGGAGGGAAAGCUCAGCCUGAGGCAUUGGUUCUUCUGGAGGGAGCUCUCAGCCUACUGCUGCUGACUGAAAAAAUUUUUGUAUUUUUAAGUCACCUUAAGGAAAGGAGCAUGCAUAUUGUGUGUGUGUGUGUGAAUCUGUGUGAAUUUGAAUUUAAGGUGAUUAAACAGUUUGUUUUGGCUGGAAAUUUGUUUUUAGUGAUCCCUUCUACAACUAACUGAAGUGCAACUACUGCUAUAAAUAAUCACUGAUGUUUAAAAGGACAGAUACUCAUUUGUAAUGACCUUUAUUUAUUAGGUCUGAGAUGAUGAUAAGGAUUGUAAGGUAAUUACUCAGAUAGUUGAUGAAUAUUAAGAAGGAGACAUACUUAAGAAACAUGAGGUGAAAUCUUGGAGGUGUUUUUAUUUUUAUAAUACAUAGUAGUGAAUGACCUCUGCUUACCUACAAAAACUCUUAAAUUCAAAUACUAAUAGUAAAAAAAAAGAAAACCAACUAAUUGCCAUAGGUGCCUAAAAUCACUUGAUUUCUUGCUCCUGACUAGCAUGCCUGUAAUUCCACAGCUUUUUAUUUUCUCUGCUGUUCUGACCUGUCUGUGCUUCAAUGCUGGCUGACACAGCCGGAAACCUCUUAACAAAGACUGAGACAUACAGAUAAAUGCACAAGCUGGAACUAAUCAUAAGCUUUCAGCUGUGCUUUGUUCACUUCUCACUCUACUAGGAAUAAAACCUGCUCCAAAAGUGGAAACCUACAAUUAGAGUUCAGAAAGUCUUCAGAAAGGCCAAAAGCUCAGUCUCAAUCCUGUAUAAAAUACUGUUUCCUUCCGCUUGCUCUAUCCAUUCAUAUAUAAGGAAUCUUGUACCUCAUCACUCAGUGAGGGAAACAAUUCAGAACAGGAUGUGCACCAUGUGUACCAAAGUUAGGGAAUUUUUUCAGCUCAAUACUUGAAAUGGAUUUAGCAGUUUUACUUUCUGAUGAACAACUGAGGUUCAAUUCUUAGCUUCUAAUGACAGUGGAACUUCACUAGGCUAAGCUACUGUAGUACUGCAUGGUGUACUGCUGCUGAUGUAGUAGACAGGUACAGAGCUCCACCAAAAUGUAGCUUACUUGGGGUGGGAUGCCUGGGUGACUUGCAGCCAUUUAUAACAACUGUGAAGAGCUGAGACCCAGUAUUUCAGGUAUUGCUGACAGCUGUUUCCUUUAAAAAGUUUUCAGAGCAAACUGAAAAGUUGAUUAUAGUAAUAGUAAUAAUAAUAAUAAAAAAACACACAAUUCUGGUUAAAGUA